AACUCGUCAGUAGCAGUGGCUGUUGAAACUGAAACGGAGGCGUACGAAAGGUCAGGGUGAUGUGGGUUUUACCUUCACAGCAUCGUGGCUUGCUUGUUUUCUAAUUAAGGCAGACUCACGGCCAACACACAGCUGGUUUUCGGUGUAUUGUGCAGCCGCGACAGACCAGGAACAAACCAAAUAGCGAGGAUGUCGGUCCCCGCUGGAAGAUAAUGAAGAGGCUGCGCGUUUUGUUGGUGUGCCUCAUUGUAGCUCUCCUGUGCUGGUACCCCAGUCAAGAUGUAUAUUGUUCAGAGCAGAGCUCGUCUGGCUCAGGGCCCUCUGCCGAGGACGGAGACCCUGAAAUCCACGAGCAGAAGCAGGACUCCACACAAAACGAGGUGGUGGAAGAACGGUCGACGCACACCUCAUACGAAAUAGGAUUAGAGACGGAGAGGGCAGCACUAGAGAAGCUAGCAAGCGUACAACAUGAACAGACUGUGAAUCAUUUAGAAACUGAGGCAAAAGAGACCAAACAAAGCCAAGAGUUGGAUACUGUACCUGUCCUCGAUGAGCCAGAACUUCCCACAGAGACUCACCCCGACCUGCCGACUGACCCACAGGACCACGACAGUGAGAAAGCAGGCCCAGAGCCCCCCACUCCAGAACCAUUGCCAGAACUGGUCCAUGUGUCACCAGAUGCUGUAGUCCAAGCUGAGUCCUCUAGUGAUGAUUACACCGCACAGCCGCGCCUGGACUCGGACCCGUCGACACCUUCAGAUGAAGCUGAAAACGUACCUACCUCAGAGAGCGCUGGCCCCGCCGACACAGGAGGUGCAGUGCGGGUUGCCAGUGCAGGCGAUGAACUGCCAGUAGACAGCUUUGUCUUUGCUGAGCACUCUGAUUCACAGUGCAGGGUCAUUCCCCCCGAACUGGCAACCUGUGAAAACUCCCCUUUUGGCCGCCCUCUCUUCAGUGUGGAAGAAGAUGGCACAGAUGACCAGAUGUCGAACCAGAGCGCUGAUCUCGAAACAGAGUCCAGUCAGUCCAGUCCACAUUUAGCAGAGCCAGAAGAAUCAGAACCUGGAAGCCGGAAAGAGGAAGAGCAGCUGGACGAUGUGCUAUCCAGUUUGGAGCAGGAGGGCAACACUUCCCACCUCCACCAUAAGCAGCAGAUGGGAGAUGCUAACGCUGCCAGAGAAGCUGAUCCCUCUGUACCCAGUAAAGAUGACAUCCCCACCUUUGAUGAGUGGAAGAAACAAGUUAUGGAGGUGGAAAAGGAAAAAAGUCAGACUCUCCAUACUUCAGCCGGUGGCAGCCUACAUUCAGCGAAAAAGAUCCAGAAAAACUUUAAGAAUAACUACGCCUCUGUAGAGUGUGGUGCCAAGAUCCUCUCUGCCAACAACGAGGCCAAGAGUACGUCAGCUAUCCUUAUGGAAAAUAUGGACCUUUACAUGCUAAAUCCAUGCAGCACCAAAAUCUGGUUCGUAAUAGAGCUCUGUGAGCCGAUACAAGUCAAACAGCUGGAUAUAGCCAACUUUGAGCUUUUCUCUUCAACACCUAAAGACUUUCUAGUUUCCAUCAGUGACAGAUAUCCCACCAACAAGUGGGUGAAGCUGGGUACUUUCCACGCACGUGAUGAACGGAUAGUCCAGAGUUUCCCACUGGAUGAACAGCUUUAUGCUAAAUAUGUGAAGAUGUUCAUCAAAUACAUAAAGGUUGAGCUCCUCUCUCACUUUGGAGCCGAACACUUCUGUCCCCUCAGUCUCAUCAGGGUGUUCGGCACCAGCAUGGUGGAGGAGUACGAGGAAAUAGCAGAUUCCCAGUAUCCCUCAGACAGGCUGGAGUAUCUGGACGAAGACUACGACUAUCCUCCUGGUUAUCAACCGUCAGAAGAAAAGGUUUCUAAAAACCUGCUUGGAUCAGCAACCAAUGCGAUCCUCAACAUGGUGAACAACAUUGCUGCUAACGUCCUUGGUGGCAAGCCGGACAUGGAGGGUGGAGCAGAAUUAGGAGGCAAUGCAACAGAGGAGAGGAGUGAAAAGAAGGCGAGCACAGACGGGAAAGUUGUCUCACCUGAAGACUCUCGCGACUCCACAGAUCUGGACCCUGAAAAGUCUGAACAACCUGCAUCGGAGGAGGGCUCCAGUGACUCUAGUUCUUCCUCCUCGUUACCCGAAUCCAGCGAAGACAGACAGAUUGUCACACUUGUGGAGGAGGACGAAGAUGAAGAGCCAAAACAGUCGACUGUGACGCUGCUGGAGGAGGAGGUGGAGGAAGAGGAGGAGGAGGAGAAGGGCGAGGAGAAAGGAAGGAGGGAUGCUGACAGGAACCAGUGGGAGAGUCAGGCAUACUGUCCUUUCUCGUCCCUGUCCUCCCUGUCUUUGUCCUGCAUGGCGACGCUGCCGGAGCUGCUUCACCGCUGGUGCUCCGCCAGGCUGGCAAAGGAGCGCCUGCGCAGCCUCAGGAGGCGGCAGCUUCACACUCGCACUCAGACUGAUGAGAGCAUCCCCGUCCUGACACACACACCCCCACCCAUCCCUGUCCCGUCGCCGACCCAGGAAGUCCUCCUCCCUUUGACGGAGAAAGCCCCAGACCCAGAGGUGCCGCAGGAUAAAGUAAACGAGGGGAAGCCCUCUGCUGAGGUACAGACUGAUAUACAACUUAGAGUUCAACCGUCUGAUAUUUACACUCCAGAGCUCAAUGUGGUACUGGAGCCCAGCAGGACCGCCGCCAUUCCUCCCCACAGUUCAUCAGCGCCUCAAAGCACCUUAAUGCGACCCACCCCCACACACGAGGAGAAGCCGUUGCCUCCUGUAAAGGACGAAUCCCUGGACCUCGUCCCCACUCCCCCCCUCCAAGCUGCCUCGGUCCCAGAGACGCAGCAGGCCAUCGGCGCCGCAUCAACACCUUCCGUCAGUCCUCCCCCACAGGCUCCGUCUCCUGAGACGGCCUCUUCUGUUUUCUUGGCGACUCCCGUCAAAGAGCAGCCCGUGCUUUCUCUUCCUACCGCAUCGAGACCAGAGAACCUUCUGCCCCCUCCUACCGAGCUGCCAGCCGCCGUCCCAGCAGCCGACAGCCACACAGACUCGGUAAAGCCGGCUACCGACGUCGGUGGGGGCAAACAAAAACAGAGGACAGACGCUCCUCAAAUCCAGGCAGAGCAGGGGAGCAAUCUCUCCCAGACGGGAGAGCCCCAUCGGACUGAGGACUCAGUGGAGGAGGAACUGUUAAACACUAACGUCCAGCGAACGGCGACUGAUUUCUACGCAGAGCUGCAGAACGGAGGAGAUUACACCGGGGGAACGCUGAACGGCAAUGGUAUGUUGCUGAACGGAGGCGGCUCCGUUCACGGCUCCAGUCAGAAGGAGAGCGUGUUCAUGAGGCUGAACAACAGGAUCAAAGCUCUGGAGAUGAACAUGAGUCUGUCCAGCAGAUACCUGGAGGAGCUGAGUCAGAGGUACCGUAAACAGAUGGAGGAGAUGCAAAAAGCCUUUAACAAGACCAUCAUAAAGCUACAGAACACCUCCCGCAUUGCUCAGGAGCAGGACCAGAAGCAGACGGAUUCCAUCCAGCUUUUGCAGAGCCAGUUGGAGGACGUUACCAAGCUGAUGCUCAAUCUUACAGCUACAGUGAGCCAGCUGCAACGAGAGGUUUCUGACCGUCAGAGCUACCUGGUGCUCUCUCUGGUUCUCUGCCUGUUGCUGGGCGUCCUGCUUUGUCUGCAGUGCUGCCGCAGUUCGUCCCCCAAGCCUAAAGCCAACUUCACCCCCCUUCCCAAGAGCAACCACUACCCCAGCCCCAAGAGAUGUUUCUCUUCUUACGACGACAUGAGCCUAAGACGAAGGGUCGCCUCCCCGCUCGUCCGCUCCAAGUCGUUUCAGCUUUCGUCAACGGAAGUAGGUCCAGAUGACUUGUUCAUUGUAGAACCUCUAAGGUUUUCUCCAGAGAAAAAGAAAAAACGUGGCAAAACAAAAUCUCUGGACAAAGUUGAGACCCUGAUGCCGUUUGAUCCCUCGCUGCCCCUCACAAACGGCGAUCCGAAAUGCAACGGCUUCCAUUCGAGCCUCCCUGCUUCGCUUCCCCCGCCUGCUCCUCCUCCACCGCCUCCGCCUCCCCUUCCUGUGCCUCCCCCAGUGUCGCAUCCUCUUCCAUCCGCAGACCAGGUGUCGUCUUUGCCCACCGUGACGUCUAAGGAGUUCCCCUCUGAAACCAGCAGCUGCAGCUCCUCCACUCACUCCGAGGAGUCGUACACUAGCCGCCUCCCGCCGCCUCCUCCCAUCUGCCCCUCUGCCGGCAUGUGCAACGGCCACGGCCUUUCUUUCCCCCUCACCCAGCCUCCCGCCAAAUCCCGUCAGGAAAAGCGCUCCCUGAAGCGGCGGAAGUCUCGUCAGACGGAGCUGCAGUUCCCCCCCGUGCCAGGGGGAGGCGUCGAUUCUCUGCCCAGCCUGCAGCAGCUCAUGAAGGGAAACAAAGAGAUGAGCGUUGGGACCAUCAGGGUGACCGCCGUCACCGGACACGUCUGAAACGCCACACUUUGCAAUUACUCAGCACCCUGCUCACGAAAAGAAUGACUUUAUCCCAAAGAACCACAAUUCCCAUGAGCGCCCCCCAGACUCACAGGUGAAGUUAAAAUGAGUUUAGCAGCAUUAGCUCAUCCAGACCGUAUCCACUUUUGUCAAAGACCCGUUUACGGUUACGUGCCUUUAUGUGUGUUGGAAACCUUUUAAUCGUUUAAAACUUUAAUGCUUAGAGAGCUGCUGAUGUGCAAGGAGAGAAACAUUGUGGAGGGGAGAGGGAGCGACACGUCAGCACACAUUUGGUACAACAAGACUUUGUUUUUCUGAAAAAAAAAAAAAA